AUGUUAAAUAGAGUUCUUUACAAAAGAUCAAAACUAAUCUUCACCAGAGCUUUCUCUAGCAAGGUUGAACUUGAACCUUUGCCAUGGGAGAUUUCUUCAUUGGAGCCAACUCUUUCUGGACACUUGCUUGAUUUCCACUACAACAAGCAUCACCAGACUUAUGUUAACAAUUUGAAUGCUCUUCUUGAGCAACAAGGAGAAGCAUUGGCUAAUGGAGAUCAUAAGACUGCUGUCAAUCUUGCCCCAGCCAUUAGAUUCCAUGGAGGUGGUCAUGUCAACCACACUUUCUUCUGGAAGUCCCUUGCUCCAAAGAGUCAAGGAGGUGGAGAUAGACCAAGUGAAUCUGGAGCCUUCGGUAAAGAAGUUGCAAAGACUUGGGGAUCUUUUGAUAACUUGAUCACUGAUUUCAAUACUAGAUCUGCUCCUCUCCAAGGAUCAGGAUGGGCUUGGAUUACUUAUGAUAAAAAUGCGAAGACUAUUGGAUACACUCAAACUAGUAACCAAGAUUUAAUCACUGAAAAGGCCGGAUUGGUUCCUCUUCUUACUAUUGACUUGUGGGAGCAUGCUUACUACCUCGACUACAAAAAUGCCAGACCAGACUUCUUGAGCCACAUUUGGGAUGUGAUCAACUGGGAGAGAGUUGAGAAGAGAUUUAAUGAGGCAACAAAGUAG